AAAGAUAAAGGGCAAUUUUUGCCAAGGGCAAAGGAGCUUAUAUACUUGUAAAAUGUGACUGCUUUAAAGAUUUUUUGAAAAUCCAGCCAAUGACAUUUUGCCAGAAGUCUCUACGGUAAUUUGCUGUGCCUGAAAGUACCAGUUUGCUACGCGAGCUUGGCUGUCGAGACUUCCAAGUCGUACGAGGAAGCUCAAAUCACGAACUAUAUAUGACACUCUCUUUGAACAUCAAGUUUGCACACUACACAUUAUACUGGAAAGGUAUCAACCCACAUUCAAAUUGUCGCCCCUGGUGCCACGUCAUUUUACACCCAGUUGAUACUCAACCUGUAAAGUGUCGUGUCGACUUAUUGCGCAAUCGUUGUUACUUGUAUCGUAACAAAUCAGAAAUAACCUUUGCAUAUUUUCUGAUCUGCAUGUCAACUACAUUGUAUUGCAUACAUUUGGUUGCUUUAGGUGAAUAUUUGAGAAAAGUUUGUGUUUCUUGAAGGAAAGCCAUAGAAACUAUUGGAAUCCACUAGUGUCCCAUUAUUAAUUGUACAGAACUGGGUUGGCAUACAAACCAAAACCCCUCGAAAUCCCCCGGCUUUCCCGGCCAAAUUUGAACCGCGAGGAGCCAAAGGUUUCUUUUGCUGACAAAUAGUACACUAUAUAACCCUUUCAUUUGGAUUGAAGCUUUUGACAACACAUACAA